AUGAAAGUUAAAAUUACUCACAAAGAAACAAUCAAACCAUAUUCUCCAACACCUCCAAGCAAAAAAGAUUAUAAGCUUUCCCUUAUAGAUCAAUUAACCCCUGGCCCUUAUGUUCCUAUUGUCCUCUUCUAUGAUUCAACCACCAAAUUCUCAAAUGAUCACCUCAAAAAAUCCCUCUCAAAAACCUUGACUUAUAUAUACCCUCUAGCUGGUAGAAAAAUAGAUGAGUUCACAAUCGAAUGCAACGAUGAAGGGGUCGAUUUUCUUGAAGCAAAUGUUAGUAACAUUACCUUGUCCAACAUUGUCAAUGACCCAAAAAUUGAAACUCUUUGCCAAUUGCUUCCAUGUCAUGUUCUUGAUAGAUCCAUAAGACAAAGUGAUCAAGUUUUGCUAAGAGUUCAAUUAACUAAGUUCCCUUGUGGAGGAAUUUCCAUUGGUGUGUGUGUUUCACAUCUAGUUGCUGAUGCAUCUUCACUUGGUACAUUUGUCAAAACAUGGGCAAAAAUGAAUCAAGAAAAUGAUCAAGAAUGCAAUGGCAUUGACACUGGAUUCAUCGUCGACGUUACUGGGAUCUUUCCUCCAACAGAUCUUGGAAAUAAUCCUUGGUUAACCUUGAUUCCAACAGAAGAAGAACUUCCAUUAAAAAUCUCGAUGAAGAGAUUCAUAUUUGAUAACUCAAAGCUAGCUACAUUAAUACAGAGUUGCCCUGUUGAGGAACGUUACGCGACUCGUUUUGAGGCUUUGUCAGCUUUCCUAUGGUCAUCAAUUAUACCAACAUGGAAAGACAAGAAAAGUGAUAUCAAAGUUUACAUACUGUUGAUAUCAAUCAAUCUAAGGAACAGAAUGAAUCCCAAUUUACCUACAAAUAGCAUUGGCAAUCUAGUUUAUCCAACAAUGGCCAAAUGGGAAGUUGAAGAAGGGGAAAUUGAUUACAAAAAGUUGGUGGAAAAAGUUCAAGAAUCAAUAAGGAAAGUGGAUGAUAGUUACAUAACAAGGGUUCAUGAGAAAAAUGAGUACAUAAAUUACUCGAACUCAAUUCUUGAAUUGGCUAUAACUAGAGGAAAUGAAGUGGGAUUUGCUGGUUGUAUCAGUUGGUGUAAAAUUCCUUUUUAUGAAGCUGAUUUUGGAUGGGGUAAACCUACUUGGAUAGCUAAUCCUGUAAAGUUUCCAUGUGGAUUCCAUCUGUUGGAUUGUGUUGAUGGCAGUGGAAUUGAAGUGUGGAUGGGAUUGCCAGAAGAACAUAUGAAGUUGCUGGAGAAGAAUGAAGAUUUUAUGUCGUAUGUUUCUUUAAAUCAAGAUGUUUGA